UGAGUGCAUGACAACGGUAAGACCGUUAGGCAGUAAAAAUGCCUUAGAGUGUUGUGUUGCUCAGGGCUCAUGAACACAACCGUGUCAGUCAGUGCCUGUCUUUCUAACUUGAUAUCAUUCGUUGGUAAAUAACUUUCAGGGUAAAUGUCUCUAAAUCUUCGUGUGACCAUGGAUGCCUUUCGAAGCUUUGUAUACGAAUUGUACAUCAUGGUUAAAUUUAUUUAUCUCAGUGCAAAACAAUUGUUCCAAGAAGCCUGCAGAACUGUGAAACCACUCAAUGAUCCUAUGAAUCGACGAGAAGAAUAUGCUAUAAUCACCGGUGGGAAUCGAGGAUUAGGUUUCUACACUCUUCUGGGCUUGCAGGCUUCUGGAAUGAAAGUCAUUGCAGGUUGCCGGGAUGGAAGAAGUAAACAACAACUAUUUGAGAAUUUGGAAGAAGCUGGUAUUCCAGCCGAUUCAGUGGAAUGGAUAAAUCUCGACUUGUCAUCGUUAAAUUCGGUCAGAAAUUUUGCAAAAGUUGUCACUGACAGAAACAUCCCGAUCAGUCUACUCAUAAACAAUGCCGCCGUCAUGUUCACACCCUAUGGCUUGACAACAGACGGUUUAGAGCAACAGUUUGCUGUCAACUACCUGGGACAUUUCCUCUUAACUCACCUACUCUUACCUCGAUUAAUUGAAGCAGGAAAGCAUCAUCGUUAUGCUUCAAGAAUCGUUAACGUUGCUUCAGAUGCAUCUUACCUCGGCUAUCUAGAACUCAAUGACUUAAACGCCAAGUCUUUUUACAACAGAUUCGUGGCUUAUUCCCAGUCCAAAUUAGCACAGGUUUUAUUUAACGAAAUGCUCCAUGAUCGUUUGACACAAAAUAACUAUCCUGUCAAGUGCUACGCCAUCCAUCCGGGUGUUAUUCAGUCCAAUUGGUACGCCAAUGAAAGGUUCUUGAAAAUUGGUCUUCGUAUCGUCGGCUUCUUACUUAAGAGAGAACCAGUUGCAGCUCAACGAGUUUUGUAUACAGCAUUUUCACCCGAAUUGGAAAACUCCAGUGGUUGCUAUUUUUCUGGUUGCAAAAUAACAAUACCCGCCACCGGUUCACUAUGUCCGAGUAUGCGAUUAAAGCUUUGGGAUGCAACACACAAACUACUUGAUAUUAAAGAAUUCGGGAAGGUGUAAAUGAUCCCUAUAAUAAAAAGCAUGUCAAACAAAAACCAAAGAUCUCAUUUUCUAGUUUCUAACUGAAAAAAAUAAGUAACAAAACAUGAUUCAGGGCUGCAAUCCUCCGAUUUAUUGGAUCGUAGAGUACAGAGAAACAGACAAACGAAGUCGAAUAAUCUAUUCGUCGUCGGCUUCGGCAGAAGCCUCCAGUUUGGAGAGGAAUUCCCUCUUCUUGGUGGCAACACGAGCCUUGCGCUCUUCCAGGGUGAGCCUCUUGGCGUUCCAGCGCUUCUUCUUGAUCUUGGAUGGAUCCUUGCUGGACUUCUGCUUCUCGGGGUCAGCUCGGAUAGCUUCAUGGGCCUUCUUGUACAUGGU